AUGGAAGAUCUCCCGAGCCGAUGGGAGGUGGAGUUGGAGUUUGUGCAGUCGUUGGCAAACAUCCAGUACGUCAACUUCCUAGCGCAAAACGGGUACUUUUCUGACCCCGCCUUCUUGGCCUAUCUUGAGUACCUCAACUACUGGCAGGACGCCAAAUACGCCAAGUACUUGGUGUACCCAAACUGCCUCCAUAUUCUCACGCUACUACAAAAAGAGAGCUUCCGCAAGGACAUCGUGAAGCCCGAUUUCAUGAACACGUUGAUGAACGACAUGGUCCACAAGUGGCUGCGGCAGGACAAUGCCGACGACGACGCCAAGAAACAGACAGGCGAAGACGGGGACCCGGAGCCCAAGGAGGGCGGUUCCAAUGGGCCCAGACUGGGGGAGCUGGGCUGA